AUGGAGACCAUCAACAACAUCGCGGGUGCGGCGAGCAAGGCCAUCUGGGGGACGAAUGAAGCCAACGAAGAGCCCGUCUCUGGUGUCAAGGGUAACACCAACCAGGGUGAACCGUACGACGCUGGCAACAUUGAUUCCUUGAAUAAGGAGAAGAAGACGAAUGUGGCAGAUGCCCAAACCUCUGACUCGGCGACCGCGUCAACUGCAACCACGACUACCGGGCCAUCUACCACCACUGCUCCAAACCAAAGCACCCCGGCAGCUGGUACGACUGGUACUGGGACUGGAAACGAGCACAGCCUGACCGACAGGUCGCGUGCUACCGAAGAAGCCUCGACGCACAAGGCAACAGAGGAGUCUGCGGAGCACAAGGACGAUAUCGGCAAGCCCGAGCUGAAGCACACCUCGCCCGAUGAUGUUCCCUCGGCCGACAGCGCCGCAGGCAAGACCGAGACGCGCGCCCCCAGCGACCCAGCUACUGACCCGGCACCUAAGGGCCAGGACGUCGAUAACAAGGCGUCCGGCCCCACAAGCGGCGGAGACAAGCUUGACGGCCCUGGCCCGAGACCUCUGGAAGCCGUUGCCAGGGAGCGCGGGGGUGACGCAGGCAAUGUCGAGGGAUCUGCCAAGGGCGGUCUCAUUGGAGAGGAUGGGCCCAAGCCUGAUGCUGAAGAGAAGAAGGAGGAUGAUCCCAAUGCUAGCCAAGGCGAGGAGGGCACAGGCGAGAAGCUUGUAAAGGCUACUGGACUGGCUGCGGAUGGCGGCGACUUUGACGCGACGAAACCUGGCGCUGGCCGCGAGGCAGAUCGUCUCUUGGAUGAGAAGGACCCUGCUCACGCUGCAGCCAAGGCGUCCGCCAAGACUGGCGGAGACAAAGCCAGUGACAAGAUCAGUGAGGGUCAAACCCACAGCUCCAGCCCUGGCGCGGAGAAAGAGAAGGAAAGCCUCAAGGACAAGAUCAAGGCCAAGCUCCAUCGUCACUAG